AUGGACGCCCUCCCCUAUGGGCUCAUAUCAUUUGGGCCAGACGCCAACUGUACCCUGGAAAUCUGCCCCAUCGAAGCCAGUCUGCUGGGUUAUCGACCUUCUCUAGCCGCCAGUGGGACAUUUAUUGGCAUAUUUUCGACUGCCCUUAUUGUGCACGCAAUUCAAGGAUGGUGGACAUGGACUCUGGGUUUUAUGGCCAGUAUAGUCUGCGGAUGCAUUCUCGAGAUUGCUGGUUACGUGGGACGCAUUCUCAUCUAUAACAAUCCUUUCGACUUCAAUGGAUUCAUCAUGCAGAUCGUUUGUAUAACAAUAGCCCCGCUGUUCUUUUGUGCUGCUAUCUAUGUGCUGCUGUCUCAAGUAAUUGUUCAAGUCGACGAGACCAAAUCCCGCUUCAAGCCCAAACUGUACUACUGGAUCUUUAUUCCCUGCGACGUCGUUUCCUUGGUACUACAAGCUGUCGGUGGUGCAAUGUCUUGCUUAGCUUCCAAUAAGGACGACGUACAAGUUGGCGUGGAUAUAUCUUUGGCUGGCCUGGUCUUCCAGGUAGUCACCAUUACCUGUUUUUGUGCCUUGUUUGCAGAUUACUUGGUUUCUUGCAAACGCUCUGGCAUUUGGACGACCAUAGACCGGAGGAUGAAAUUCUUCCUCAUUUUCCUCUUCCUCUCUAUCCUAUUCAUUUUAGUGAGAUGCGUUUAUCGAAUCGUCGAACUUCGAGAAGGAUACUUCAGCGAAAUGUUCCGGGAACAACCAUUGUUCAUUGCACUUGAGUCGGCAAUCACCAGCGUUGCCGUUGUCUGUCUCACCAUUGGUCACCCAGGAUACGCACUGCACAAUAAAAGACGACGUACUCUGGACAAUGAGAAGAUGCGGACAGAUUCUCCGUCUGUGUUGACUCAACAAUGA